GAAGAAGUCAGAAUGAAAACAUAAACCAAACAUCCGAGGGAAGAUGUGGAGAGAUACGUGAGCGAGCCCACAAACCCACACCAUGAUUUUGCUUCAGUCUCACUCAAGAUACCUCCUACAGAUCUUGACAAAUCGCCUUCAAAAUAUUGAGAAAGGAGUUGAGUUGGAUUGCCACUGGGUAGAAUUUGAUGACGUCCGAUACCAUAUUCAGGCAUCAAUAAAGAGUCCAAAUCUUCUACAUCUAUCAGUAUCACUCCCCACUCCACCUCCAGAGACUGAUUUCUCAAGCGGCCUUCCUCUUGGAGCCAUUGAGGCUAUAAAAGCAGCAUAUGCUGGGGUUGUUCAUAUUCUUGAUCCUCCAAGAGAUGGAUUCAAUCUCACAGUUAAACUUAACUUGGCUAAACUUCCUCCACUUGAAGAGAUUAGACAUGCUCUCGUGGUAAAGAUUGCAUCUGUGAGGGAGGUGGUAAUGGGUGCCCCAUUACGUGUAAUCUUGAAGCGCGUUGCAUCCAGGUCCGUGCCUUCCAAUGCUGGCGUGCUUGUUCCCCUUGUUCACCGACCAAAUGAAUCAUUCUUCCUAGUUCCUCAGGUAGAAAAGGCGACUGUGGUGUUUCCUAUGAGAUUUAAUGAUUCUGUCGAUACUGUUCUAGCAACAUCAUUCCUACAGGAGUUUGUGGAAGCAAGACGUACUGCUGGACUUAAUAAUGCCCCUACGUGUCUGUGGUCUGCCUCCCCUCCUGAUGAACUCAAGGAUGCUCCUGAACAAGCAUUACAUGCAAAUGCUGGUUUUGUUUCAUUUGUUAUCUACCCACGCCAUGUAGAAGGAAAGAAACUGGACAAGACAGUUUGGAGCUUAUCAACGUUCCAUGCAUAUGUGAAUUAUCACGUGAAGUGUUCUGAAGGUUUCAUGCAUACUCGGAUGAGACGUCGAGUAGAAUCAUUAAUCCAGGCCCUAGAUCGUGCGAAGCCGGAUGAGCAUGCAAAUAUAAGCAAGUCCUACAAAAGAUUGAGCAUUGAGGAAUCACGCGGGAAUUCACAUUCGUAGUGUUUGGAUCAUGAAAUACUAACUUCUACGUCUCUAGUUGUCUUUUUGUAGUCCCCAUGUGUUGCCUCAGUGGUAGAAUGGUGGGCAUCUGUAAAGGGGGUUCCGGGUUCAAACCGGGCAACACAAGUUAUUGCUAACUCAUUGUUAUUCACCUCACUCAUUAUGGUCGUGUGUCCGGUUCGGUGGGGGUGCUCCAGGGGUUGGCGUCUGCCCUUUUUUGUAGUUGUGUUUAAGCUAAAAUGAUUGUUGUCGAAUGAAUCAUACUCUUUAUUUUUAUUUUUUUUCUCUCUUUUUUGUUUCCAUCCAUUGCUCGCUCAAGGUUGAAAGUGAUGUGUUAUUACUUUGUCAAAUUCGUGUUAGCAAUAAUAAUGGUUGUUUGGUUGCU